AUGGAUACACGAAGUAGUGCGGAAUUAAAAAAGGUUAUCGAAAUCCUAGAAGCCGAAAAGACCGAGAUGGCCCAGCGAAUGAAACUCAUGCAGGAUCAAACCCAGGAACUUUCUGUUAGAAGGCCUCAAUCGGAUGAAGACUCGGAUAAUGGAGAUGGUGGUAAGAAAGAUAAAGGUUCGGGUAUUCGACACGGUGAUCAGAUGGGUACCUGGGUAUCGAAUGACAUUAAGGCGGAUAUCCCGGAGUAUGAUGGGAGGUUGGACCCUGAUGAGUUUAUAGAAUGGUUAUGCACAGUAGAACGGGUUUUUGACUACAAGCAAACUAGCGAAGAAAACAAGGUUAAAGUGGUCGCCUUGAAGUUGAGAAAGUAUUCGUCCAUGUGGUGGGCUAAUACGUGUAGUAAACGAGAACGGUUGGGUAAUGAGAAGGUGAGGGCUUGGCCAAAGAUGAAGAAACUACUAAAGCAGAAGUUUAUGCCUAGUUAUUAUAUGCAGGCGAGUUUUUCACAACUUCAUAAUAUUAAACAGGCUGGUAGAACAACAGAAGAGUAUUCUUGGGAGUUUGAACAUCUUCUCAUGAAGUGUGAUCUCCCUGAAGAUGAUCCCCAAACACUAGUCCGGUACUUGGGUGGGCUUGACUCCAAAAUAGCCCACGUCGCUGAAUUACACCCCUAUUCUACCUUAGAAGAAUUAACUUUACUGGCCCACAAAAUUGACACCCAACAGAGGAACAAAGGCAAGUCUAAAACCCUUAAACCCACCACAAAACCUUUCACUCAAACUAAACCUUCCAUACCUCCUAAAUCAAACUCAAACCUAGAAUCAUCCAGUAACCCCACAAAGAUUACCAGACGGUGUUUUCGAUGUCAUGGGCUGGGGCACAUAGCAUCGGAGUGUCCGAAUAAAAGAGUUGUCACUCUUGUUGAUUUCAAAAUCGAAGAAGAAAUGUCAAGCUUAGUAGGGAAUGUAGUUUUACCGUCGGCUGAAACGCAUGCGCAAGAAGACGUGUUGGGGCCGGAUGAGGGAGAAUGUCUUGUUGUUAGACGAACACUUGGCGACAUCCUUGAUCAGGAAGAAAAUCAGCAACGAGAAGCCCUGUUUCAUACUCGCUGCACAGUUGUUAACAAGGUGUGUACGAUGAUCAUAGACGGGGGUAGCUGCACCAAUGUAGCCUCUCAAACACUAAUUACCAAACUGAAUCUGACCACUGAGCCGCAUCCGAAACCCUACGUUAUACAGUGGCUCAAUCAAGGCAAAGGUAUUCAGGUUUCUUCUCGUAUUUUAUUACCUAUAAGCAUUGGCAGGAAGUAUGAAGAUCAUGUAUGGUGUGAUGUCAUCCCUAUGGAUGCAUGUCACAUACUGCUCGGUAGACCAUGGCUGUUUGAUAGGAGGGUAAUGCAUGAUGGGUACAAGAAUACUUAUUCUUCUGAUCAUGGAAAUCGACGAAUCGUUUUAACACCCAUGUCGCCUAAACACACAACCUCAGACCCACAAAUUCCCUUAAGCACUCUUUUACAAUCUGAACAACAUGAAUUCACUUCUUAUAGGGAGUUCAUUCUGAUUGGAUUGGACGAAGAGGAUGCAACUCAACACAAUGAACCUCACCCACUCAUACAGCCUUUAUUACAAUCCUAUUCCCACGUUUUCCCAAAAGAAAUUCCAAUUGGCCUGCCCCCUACCGGCUCCAUUCAGCACAAGAUCGAUCUUAUUCCGGGAUCAGUCUUACCCAACAAACAUGCAUACCGAACUAACCCCAAAGAAACACUCGAGAUUCGUUACCAAGUUGAAGAACUUUUAGCCAAGGGGCUCAUUCGUGAAUCAUUGAGUCCUUGUGCAGUACCCACACUUCUUGUACCAAAAAAGAAUGGGGAGUGGCGGAUGUGCAUUGAUAGUCGAGCCAUUAACAAGAUUACAAUUAAAUACCGAUUUCCGAUCCCGCGUAUGGAUGACAUAUUGGAUGAACUGCAUGGCUCAACUAUUUUCUCUAAAGUUGACCUACGAAGUGGUUACCAUCAGAUCAGAAUUUGUGAGGGUGAUGAAUGGAAGACAACAUUUAAAACCAAAGAAGGGCUGUAUGAAUGGCUUGUUAUGCCAUUCGGGUUGUCCAACGCCCCUAGUACGUUCAUGCGGUUAAUGAACCAUGUUUUGAAGCCAUUCUUGGGGCAUUUCACAGUGGUCUAUUUCGAUGAUAUUUUAGUCUAUAUUUGGAUAGAAAAGGAUCAUCUUAAUCAUUUACAACAGUUAUUCCGUGUGCUGGAUCAAGAGAAAUUAUAUGGUAAUGCUGAAAAAUGUGAUUUUUUUACAACACAGGUCAUUUUUCUUGGCUAUGUGGUCUCCUCACAGGGUAUACAGGUAGAUGAACGGAAAGUACAAGCAAUCAAAGAUUGGCUGUUCCCACUUCAGUUCAGCAAAUUUGAAGUUUUCACGGUCUUGCUUCGUUCUAUCGGCGUUUUGUCAGAAACUUUAGUUCGAUUGUUGCUCCUAUGA